AUGUCAAUCAAAAUAAACAAAGAUGAAAGUAAGAGAGUACAUGUGUGGAUAAAGAGUGCCAUUGGCACACCCAAUAGGAGGCAAUAUAAACAUAAAAACAUCAUGUACCCAUAUUUUCGCAUGUACAAAUCUCCAUAUAGAGCGCGUGAUUCGAGAACUCGACAAGCUUUUUGGCCAUGCGUUGAUAAGUACCCGUGGCAUACUCAUCAAAAAAGAUGGAUUAAAUCUGAAGAGUUAAAUAUAAAAUUCUUUUCUGAAUUUGUUCUUAAACCCCCAGACAAGAAAAACUUGUUUGAGACUUGUCAUACGUUACCAUUUAAUGGGGUUAAUUGCCUUUUUUGGAAUCCGAUUUACCUGAACAGUCAUAAAUUUAUUAUGAAAAGUAACCAUACGGAGAAAAACGAUGAGGUGGAUUCAGCAGAAGAGAAAGUGAUAUUCCAUGAAGAAGGUACAAACAACGAACAAAAAAAACAAAAAGUUAUAAUAAUAAAUAACUUCCACUAUAUUGUAGAUAGACAAUCAAAAAAUAAUAUUUAUUUUUACUUGAAAUAUAUCAAGUAUAGUAUGAGACCCUUUAGAGGAAAAAUAAUUGGUGAUCUUUAUAUAAAUGAAAAGAAAAUAAGAAGUAACAUAUCAACAAAGGGUGUAGUAAAUGGAGAAUGGAAAUAUUCCUUUCCGCAUGUUAAAAUAAGUCAUAAAAUUGCGGAUAUCACAUUAGAUGAUACCAUAGUGGAUGAACAGUUAGGGACUAAUGCACAAAAUGAUUUAGUUAUAGCAGAUAAGUACACCUACAGGCCCCCUCUUCCUAAAUGUUUUAACGGAUCGUAA